AUGACAUGUGCCAAUGCUGCCCCCCGCGUGAUUGGGAGGUCACAUUUUCGGGCGUUGCUCGACGCGCAUCAGGCAGUGCUGGUCGCCAACCCUACCACAGCGGUGACGACGCAGGUUAGCAACCUGUCGUACGAGGUUGACACGCGCAACAGCCUGCAGCGAAUCAAGUACGAGCCCAGCGGAUGGAAUUAUUGGGACUGGGAGUGGGCGGGAGAGAAGCGCAAAGUGCAUUUCAUCAAGGCAGGGCGGCAGGGUGACCCUGUCGUAGUGCUCGUGCACGGGUACGGUGCUUCGUCGUACCAUUGGCGGUACAAUGUCCCGGCGCUGGCGGAGGCGGGUUACCAGGUCUAUGCGGUGGACCUGUUAGGGUUCGGCUACUCGGAGAAGGCCCGAGUGGACUACACGAAUGCGGAGGCCUGGACCUCCCAGGUUAUGGAUUUCAUUCGGAUGGUGGUGGGCCCAUCCUCGGGACCUGUCGUACUGGCGGGAAAUUCAUUGGGAGGUUACGUGGCACUGGCCACCGCAGCUCAGGCAUCUGCGACCCACAGAUCAGACCCGCAACAGCAACCGCAGCCGGUGGUGCGGGCGGUGGCGUUGCUCAACGGUGCGGGGCCUUUCCGCGACAACAACGCCGCUACCGGGAAGACUGCCGAGCAGGAGGCGGCGGAGUGGGCGGAUCAGUCUUGCUCCUUGAAGCGUGCGGUCAUGUUUUUCGCCUUCCAGCGCACCAAGCAGCCAGCUCGGAUUCGCGAGGUGCUCCAGUUGGUUUAUGUGGACCACACGAGUAUUGAUGACGACUUGGUGACCAGCAUUGAGACACCCGCUCAGGACCCCGCCGCGUCGGAGGUGUUUUUCCUCGUGUCUCACUCCACCCGGGGGCCCCCCCGCUACGUGGACGACCUUCUGGAGCAGCUGGGGGGGGUGCCCCUGCUGCUGCUGUGGGGGGACAAGGACCCUUGGAUCACACCAGCCAAGGCCACCAAGAUUCAGUCUCUGUACCCGUCCGCCGUCAAGGUGGGACUGGACAGCGGCCACUGCCCCCACGAUGACACACCCGACCAGGCGAACAAGGCGCUGCUGCAGUGGCUGGAGUCACUGCCGCCAAUCGAUGAUAUCCCAAACCCCCCUACGACGGAGGUCUCCUCCGCGUCUGCGCAGCAGUAACCAACACUGCCAAAAUGUGCCAAGGAGCCAAGCCCGGUUAGUAAAGGCGCCACCGCUGCUACCUGAUAAUGUGGUGGUAGCUAUCGGAGUGGUGAUCGGAGUGGUGGGGUUCCUGCUACUGCCUGCUGUUGAGCCUGGUCUUGCAAUGAUGACAGUCCGUGGUAGGGUACGGGAGGGGAGAGAGGGGAGCUUCUUCCGGGGUACACUGGGAGAGAGGAAGAGAUUCAGCUGGGUGU